CUGGAACUUCACAGCCUGCGGAAAAGCCCUUUGCUUUCUACGAACAUGAAUCUAUUCCUGUUCAGUUUUUUGCUGUUUCCCAUCUUUCUAACAAGUGUCGUAACCAGCUAUUACGCACGUAUGCCUCAUGGCGUGUGUACUCAGCGCCAGUGUAAUGCAGAGUGUCGGAAAGCGGAUUACACAGAUGGAGAAUGUGUGCGAAAGGCUACGGCUGUUAGUAUCGAACUAGUGUGCAAAUGCUAUGCUUUUUAUAAUUAAGACAUUCAACAUGUAUGCUUACAAAGCACGCUUACGAAUGUCUCCUAUUUUGUUUAUGAAUGCUUCAAUUUUUUGCACAAUAAAGCAUUU